GGCAGGCCACGCUCGGAGAUCCGCCUGCCGCGUAGCCCAGCUUCGGGAGAGUCCGCCCCCGUCCCGCCCCGUAGGUUUGUUUUGCCGUCAGCUGCGCGCUGUGAUGACGCCACGGCGCUAACGCCCGAGAAUGGCGGUGGCGGCGGCGGAGGCGGUGGCCGCUGCCACUGCCCGGAGAUGGCCGGCAGAGCCGCCGAGACGCCGAAGAGCCCGCCGCCCGCGCGAGGUGUAGACGGGGCACUGCCUUCAGAGCAGGUCCUGCCAGCCUCGCUGGAGAGGAUGCCCUCGUGUCCGUGAUGGGCUGUGGGACAAGCAAGGUCCUUCCCGAGCCACCCAAGGAUGUCCAGCUGGAUCUGGUCAAGAAGGUGGAGCCCUUCAGUGGCACUAAGAGUGAUGUGUACAAGCACUUCAUCACAGAGGUGGACAAUGUUGGCCCUGUCAAAGCCGGGUUCCCAGCAGCAAGUCAAUAUGCACACCCCUGCCCGGGUCCCCCAACUGCUGGCCACACGGAGCCUCCCUCAGAACCACCACGCAGGGCCAGGGUAGCUAAGUACAGGGCCAAGUUUGACCCACGUGUUACAGCUAAGUAUGACAUCAAGGCCCUAAUUGGCCGAGGCAGCUUCAGCCGAGUGGUACGUGUAGAGCACCGGGCAACCCGGCAGCCGUAUGCCAUCAAGAUGAUUGAGACCAAGUACCGGGAGGGGCGGGAGGUAUGUGAGUCGGAGCUGCGUGUGCUGCGUCGAGUGCGUCAUGCCAACAUCAUCCAGCUGGUGGAGGUGUUCGAGACGCAGGAGCGGGUGUACAUGGUGAUGGAGCUGGCCACUGGUGGAGAGCUCUUCGACCGCAUCAUUGCCAAGGGCUCCUUCACCGAGCGUGACGCCACGCGGGUGCUGCAGAUGGUGCUGGAUGGCGUCCGGUAUCUGCAUGCACUGGGCAUCACACACCGAGACCUCAAACCUGAGAAUCUGCUCUACUACCAUCCAGGCACUGACUCCAAGAUCAUCAUCACCGACUUUGGCCUGGCCAGUGCUCGCAAGAAGGGUGAUGACUGCUUGAUGAAGACCACCUGUGGCACGCCUGAGUACAUUGCCCCAGAAGUCCUAGUCCGCAAGCCCUACACCAACUCAGUGGACAUGUGGGCGCUGGGCGUUAUUGCCUACAUCCUACUCAGUGGCACCAUGCCAUUUGAGGAUGACAACCGUACCCGGCUGUACCGGCAGAUCCUCAGGGGCAAGUACAGUUACUCUGGGGAGCCCUGGCCUAGUGUGUCCAACCUGGCCAAGGACUUCAUUGACCGCCUGCUGACAGUGGACCCUGGAGCCCGUAUGACUGCACUGCAGGCCCUGAGGCACCCGUGGGUGGUGAGCAUGGCUGCCUCUUCAUCCAUGAAGAACCUGCACCGCUCCAUAUCCCAGAACCUCCUUAAACGUGCCUCCUCGCGCUGCCAGAGCACCAAAUCUGCCCAGUCCACGCGUUCCAGCCGCUCCACACGCUCCAACAAGUCACGCCGUGUGCGGGAGCGGGAGCUGCGGGAGCUCAACCUGCGCUACCAGCAGCAGUACAAUGGCUGAGCCGCCUGGCUGUGCACACAUGCGGCACGGCCCAGCCUGGCCACACACUGCGGUGCCAUCUGGGCCCGAUGCCCUCUCUGGAGAUAGGCCUAUGUGGCCCGCAGUGGGUGAAGAAUGUCUGACUCCAGCCCUUUCUCUGUGCCUUCAGCAGCCCCUGUCCUCACCAUGGGCCUGGGCCAGGUUUGACAGAGUGGAGGUAGCACAGGGGGCUGUGACUCCCCCUGAACUGGGAGCCUGGCGUGGCACUGAUACCCCUCUUGGUGGGCAGCUGCUCUGGUGGAGUUGGGAAGGGAUAGGACCUGGCCUUCACUGUCUCCCUUGCCCUUUGACUUUUCCCAAAUCAAAGGGACCUGCAGUGCUGGGUGGAGUGUCCUGUGGCCUCAGGACCCUUUGGGACAGUUACUUCUGGGACCCCCUUUCCUCCACAGAGCCCUUCUCCCUGGCUCCACACAUUCCCAUGCAUCCUGAUCCUUAAGAUUAUGCUCCAGUGGGAGACCCUGGUAGGCACAAAGCUUGUGCCUUGACUGGACCCGUAGCCUCUGGCUAGAUCGAAACAGCCCUCCACCUCCCAGCCAAGAUCAGUCUUCCUUCAUGGUGCCCCCGGGAAGCCUUCCUGGUCCCAGGACCUCUGGUGGAGGGCCAUGGCGUGGACCUUCACCCUUCUGGACUGUGUGGCCAUGCUGGUCGUCGGCUUGCCCAGGCUCCAGCAUCCCCAGAUUCUGAGGGGUCUCAGCCCACCGCCCUUGGUGCCUUCUUUGUAGAGCCCACUGCUACCUCCCUCUCCCCGUUGGAUGUCCAUUCCAUUCCCCAGGUGCCUCCUUCCCAACUGGGGGUGGUUAAAGGGAGCCCCACUGCUGCUACCUGGGGGAUGGGGCACCUGGGGGCUAAGGCAGAGGGGGGAAGGGGGGUCCUCCCAAUUAGGGUCCAGUGUCAGCCUGGGUUCUAUCCUUUGGUGCAGCCCAUUGCCUUUUCCCUUCAGGCUCUGUUGCUCCCUCCUCUGCAGCUGCACGAAGGCGCCAUCUGGUGUCUGCAUGGGUGUUGGCAGCCUGGGAGUGAUCACUGCACGCCCAUCGUGCACACCCGCCCAUUGUGCACACCUGUAGUCCUCCACGAGGACAUGGGAAGGUAGGAGUUGCCGCCCUGGGGGAGGGUCCCGGGCUGCUCACCUCUCCUCUUCUGCUGAGCUUCUGCGCACCCCUCCCUGGAACUUAGCCAUACUGUGUGACCUGCCUCUGAAACCUGGGUGCCUGGGGCACUGCCUUCUCACAGCUGGUCUUGCCCCGUCCACCCUGUGCUGCUUCCCUUCACAGCAUUAACCUUCCAGUCUGGGUCCCGCUGAGCCUCAAGCUGGAAGGAGCCCCUGCGGGAGGUGGGUGGGUUUGGGUGGCUGCUUUCCCAGAGGCCUGAGCCAGAACCAUCCCCAUUUCUUUUGUGGUAUCUCCCCCUACCACAAACCAGGCUGGAACCCAAGCCCCUUCCUCCACAGCUGCCUUCAGUGGGUAGAAUGGGGCCAGGGCCCAGCUUUGGCCUUAGCUCGACGGCAGGGCCCCUGCCAUUGGGGGAAGGUUUGGUUCCUACUCAGCUUCUGCCGGUCGGCAGCCUGGGCCAGGCCCUCUUCCUGCAUGUGCCACCUCCAGUGGGAAACAAAACUAAAGAGACCACUCUGUGCCAAGUCGACUAUGCCUUAGACACAUCCUCCUGCCGUCCCCACUGCCCCCUGGGCAGGAGGCAGUGGAGAACCAAGCCCCGUGGCCUCAGAAUUUCCCCCCCGUUCCCCAAGUGUCUCUGGGGACCUGAAGCCCUGGGGAUUAUGUUCUCUCUUGCCCAGGGUGGGCCUGGUCCUGAGGGCAGGACAGGGUUUUGGAGAUGUGGGCCUUUGAUAGACCCACUUGGGCCUUCAUGCCGUGGACUGUGGAUGGAGAAUGUGCAGUUAUUUAUUAUGCGUAUUCAGUUUGUAAACGUAUCCUCUGUAUUCAGUAAACAGGCUGCCUCUCCAGGGAGGGCUGCCAUUCAUUCCAGCA